CUAUUGCACCGAGGUCAAUGACCAACACCAGGAAAUAAAUCUGACGGCUCAUCAUCAUCAUCAAGCGAUCGACAAGAUUGGGUCAAGAUUCUUGGCUCGCUAAAGAAGAUUUCAUCCAAAAUGGCUGAACAAGAAGAGAUGAUGCCAACACAAGAUGCUGAGAGACAGGGGCAGGUUGCUGAUGGAGACUGUGCAGAGACUCAGGAGCAAGCACUGGCCUUGAGGAGACCAGGCAACCAGGACCAGACAACAGACAUGAUCCCAGUUGCAGCAGUCAAUCAAUUGCAACAGUCAGUGCAGCAGAUAUCUGGCUCUGGACACGUACCCAUCUUCAACCCAAAAGAUUGCACCUUCAAUAUCUACCAAUCAAAAGAUGAUGCACAUGCAUCACACCACUCUGGUCAUCCAUCAGUUGACAUAUCAGAGAAUCCACCAAGUACAUCACAGCAACCGACAACAUCACAUGUGGCCUCAGGUGCACAAGGAUGCAGCGCCCCCAAAAAGAUGAAGCUUGACAGUCCAGCCCAAGAUGUUGCUGAUUGCUGUGAAGAUGCCCUGAAGUCACACUACAGGGGGAAAGGUAGCUUUGUUAAAGUGCUUCCAUGGGUGGGUGAUGACAGGAAACACAUUACAGAAAUCUACACAAAGUUACAGUUAAUACUUGGUAAGUACAAAGUCAUGCUUACAUCAUAUGCCGAUAUAUUACAACGUAAGACAAAGGAGGGAGACCUGAUCCUAAUAGCUGUUUUAACUGGGUUGGCUGGUAGAGGAAAGACCACACUGUUUGACAAAAUUGCAUAUGAUUGGGCAGUUGGUUCUAGUCAGGUACUACGGAAGUAUAAACUUGUCUUCCUGUUGAAAAUGCACGCACUGGAGCAGAGUUCAGAUCUUGUUGAUGCAGUUUUUGACCAACUCUUGGCUAAAGAUGUAUGUAUUGAAAGAGGUGCCCUGGACAUGUUUAUCAAGAAGAGUCCUGGAAAAGUCCUUGUUUUACUAGAUGGCUUUGAUGAGCUCAUGACUACCUCCUUGUGUGAAUCCUCAUUUGGUUCCAUCCUGGAGAUCCUUAGUGGAAAGAUGUUGAGGGGUUGUACUGUACUUGUAAGCACCCGCCCCUCACACUUUCACAGACUUGUAUCAGAGGAACUGGUUCAGGAACCAUUCACACAUGUCGAGGUAAUGGGUUUCAGUAGGAAAGAUGUCAUCGAGUAUGUUAAUAAAUUUCAUAUUGGUGAACCUGACAAGGCCAAGGGGCUUCUUAACAAGAUUAAAUCGUCAGGCCUUUUGUCUGACCUAGCUGCAAGUCCAAUGCUUCUUCUUUUGAUGUGUGUACUAUGGCAAGAAGAGUGUACACUCCCAGAAACAAUGUCACGUCUGUAUCAUGAUGGAUUUUCAUAUAUCUUUCAAAGAAAAGGAUUGGACUCACAAGGUAAAGUAGCAAAAGUUGUGAUUGAAAUUGGCAAGGUUGCGUUGCAUGGUCUUCUUUCUCCAGAUCAGUCACUCUCUUUCAAAGAAAGUGACUUUGAGCCGAGUGUGCUUGAGCUGGCUCUGAAGGCAGGUAUUCUGACCAGACAGAGAGUCCGCAAGAGACUGCAGAGUCACAACAGUGUUCAGUUUUUUCACAAGACAUUUCAGGAGUUCUCUGCUGCUGCUUACUUGCAAAACUUGUUAGAAGCAGACCCAGAGGAAUUUCACAAGAUUUUGAAUGAAAUCAUGUCAAAGGGUGCAAGGAGGUUUGAGUAUCUUCUGCGCUUUUGUUGUGGUGACAAUGAGGCAUGUACAUAUGAGAUUAUGAAGGUAUUUCAGGUGAGGUAUCAGGAGGACUUGUCAUUCGAAUCAGAGAUGGGUCUGUUGGCACUUCAUUGUUUCUUUGAAGGUCAAUCCAAACGUUUGCCUCCAGAGGAAUUCAUACAUUCAUUCAUAACAGAUGAAAUUCACAUUCGUGGGCUUAACAGGGAUUGUCUGAACUCGGUCAUAUACUUCGUAAAAUGUGUUGCUGAACAGACAAAAGACAGUGGAAAUGCUUACCUUUCGAAGGUUCAUAAAUUGCAUGUACACUAUUGUACAUGGACAUGGUUUAUUGAGGAGUUAGCUGUUACCAUGUGUGCAAUGACAAAUCUUCAUCUUGUAGAUUUCAAUAGCAAUGCAGAUAUUUCUGCAGAUAAGUUGCUCAGGCAUCUACCAAACUUAAUACAUAAAUUAUAUCUUGCUGGUAAUAACCUGGGUGGUACAGCAGCAUUAUGGUGCAUGCAUUUGAAACAGUUGAAGUCCCUCACAAAGCUGGACUUGAGUUACUGCUCAUUGAAUGGACAGGACAUGAAACAUGUUGCUGAGUCACUCGAGGAUCUACCCAACUUGGGUGAAUUGCGUCUUAAUGGUAAUGACCUGGGUGGUACAGCAGCAUUGUGGUGCAUGGAGGUAAAGCAGCUGCAGCACCUUCAGACGCUGUACCUCAUGGGCUGUCACCUGACAGAGGAAGACAAAAACCAUAUUGAUGAGUCACUGAGUAACCUGAAGAAGAAUGGAUUAAGCAUUUGGACAUAAAUUUCACCAAUAAAAAUCGUGAUUUAAAUCGCGAUUUAAAUCAUACAAUUUUGUUUAAAAACAUCACUGAUUUAAAUCAAAUGAUUUGUUUUUUAAUUCACUGAUUUAAAUCAUUUUGUAACAAUCUUAUUUUUUGCAAAGUAAAUGACUGAGGGUCAUUUUAAUCAUUUAAAUCAACUGAUUCCACUUACAUGUAAUUACAAAGAGUAAGAUAUUGUUAACACAUUCAAACACCCCUACUUCAUCAGCAUCGACUCAACUUACAUAUUGGUUUUGCAUAAUACCCAAAAUCAUUGGUUUUGAUUAAAGUCAAGAUCUGAGUUUAAAAGUUUUUAAAAGUUUUUCUUCAAAGUUUGAAUUUUAAAGGGAAGAUACAA